AUGGGGCUACUUUCCAACAGGGUAACUAGGGAGAGCCUGAAAGCAGGAGAUCAUAUAUAUUCAUGGAGAACUGCUUAUAUAUAUGCUCAUCACGGCAUUUAUGUUGGUGAUGACAAAGUCAUUCACUUCACCAGACGAGGACAAGAAGUAGGAACUGGCACCGUACUCGAUGUUCUCCUCACCAGUUCCGCCCCGGCCAGAUCUCGAGAAAUUUGCCCAAAUUGCACAACAUCCCAAGACGAGCACGGUGUUGUCGUCUCAUGCCUGAAUUGCUUUCUAUCCGGCGGUGUCUUAUAUCGUUUCGAGUACGCCGUCUCCCCAGCUCUCUUCCUUGCAAAAGCACGUGGUGGAACAUGCACUCUUGCCGUCUCUGACAACGACGACACUGUAGUUCACCGAGCUAAGUAUUUACUCGAAAACGGAUUCCGUUGCUAUAACAUAUUCAAGAGCAACUGUGAAGACUUCGCCAUUUAUUGCAAAACUGGACUCGUGGUUGUUAACGAAGGAACAAUCGGGCAGAGCGGUCAGGCAGUUUCCAUCAUAGGCGGACCGCUUGCUGCUGUUCUAUCUACGCCUCUUCGUCUAGUGACUACAAACAUUUAUGGAAUGGCGGCAACUGCCGUCGGAGUUUACUGUGCAAGUAGGUAUGCCGCCGACAUCGGAAUGAGGAGAGAUAUUAUGAAAAUACAAGUGGAAGAUUUGACAAGUAGGUUGAAUAUUGGUUUACUGCAAGUUGUUGAGCCUCAAAUUUCACCGAAUGUUGCACCUCAAUCUACUCAGAUUAUUAGUCAGUAA